AUGAAGGGUUUCGUCGGUCUCCUCGUUCUGGCAUUCGUGUCAACGGGAAUCGCUCAGAGCGCUCAGGAGCUUCUGGCGACGACACCACAAUGCGCUCUCACCUGUCUGAUCGGUCAUGUAACUAAUUCGACAUGCUCUCUGACGGAUACGCCAUGUGUGUGUUCGAACGCACCACUACAAGCCGAUAUUGCUACUUGCGUUGAGGCAAGUUGUACGACUAGGGAAGCCCUCAAAGCACAAAAUGCCACCUCAAUUCUCUGUAAUCAUCCAGUACGUGAUAUGUCUACUACCUACAGCAAUAUCUACACAACGAUGGGUGUGCUGUCUGGUGUGACCAUUGGACUUCGAAUUCUUUCCAAAUUUGUCACAAAAUCGGACUGGUAUUGGGACGAUUAUAUCAUUUUAUUCACCUUCGUGUCUGGUAUACCCUCCUCUGUAAUUGCUGGCCAGUACCUAGCCAAAUCCGGAAUAGGAAAAGAUGUUUGGAAAGUCCCCUUUGACGACAUCACGAAGUUUGGGUUCUAUUUCUAUAUCAUGGAAGUUCUCUACUUCUCCCAGGUCGUGACUAUCAAACUCUCACUUCUGUGCUUUUUCCUACGCAUCUUUCCUCAGAAGAAGAUGAAGUGGACCAUCCUAGCAACAAUUGGUGUCAAUAUCGUGUACGGCAUAACCUUCGUCUUCCUAGGGAUCUUUCAAUGCGCUCCAGUCAGCUUUUUCUGGACGAAAUGGGAUGGAGAACAAUCAGGGGUAUGCUAUCACAACAAUGCAAUGGCAUGGGCGAAUGCCUCCAUCAGCAUUCUCCUGGAUAUAUGGAUGCUCGCAAUUCCUCUCUCGCAGAUCUACAGUUUGCAACUCCACUGGAAGAAGAAGAUCGGGGUCGCUAUGAUGUUUACAGUUGGCACAUUCGUCACUGUCGUCUCAAUCAUCCGUCUACAAUCACUUGUCCACUUUGCCAAGUCUCAAAAUCCAACCUGGGAUAACUACGGCGCCGCAAUCUGGUCCGACAUCGAGAUCAACGUCGGCAUCAUAUGCGCAUGCAUGCCAUCCAUUCGAAUCCUCCUCGUCCGCACAUUCCCCAAGGCAUUUGGCUCGAGCGCCGGUACGAGCGCAAAGAACUACGCGAGCGGCUAUGCAGCAAACACGGACAAUCGCAAGCGGGGGAAUUCGAGCAGCAAGUUGGCAAGCUUUGCGAAUGAUGAUAUGGAAGGGAUCUUGUAUGAGCAGUCGUAUACUGUCGAACUCGAUAAAAUGUCGUCGAAAAGCGUGGAUGAAUUAGCGGGAAGUGUUAGGGUUUCUGCGAAGGCGAUGCAUGGGUCGGAUAUGAGAGGUUGA